GCAGACACGCCCUGUCUCCCUCCGGUCCGCAUCCCUCCUGACAACAGCAUCAGCAGCAGCAGCAUCCCUCACAAUCACACGAGCAGCCUUCAAAACACCCGGACGACUGCGAAAUACAACACGAAGUCCAAGGAUUUCAGCAGCCUUUCAGUCCAGACGCCUGAAGCCUCGCCUGUUUCGACGAGCAGACGCCCUUUGCUUCAGUUCGGGCCGUGACGCGACCGCUUUGCGCUUCGAUAUAAAUCUAACAUUCAGGUUAUAAACAUAAUCGUGCAUCAUCAUCAUGACGGACGCGGUCGCCGAGUGUAACAUCAAAGUGCUCUGCCGCUUCCGGCCUCUGAAUCAGGCCGAGGUCCUGCGCGGGGACAGAUUCCUGCCCACCUUCCAAGGGGACGACACCGUCAUCAUCGGGGGAAAGCCGUAUGUGUUCGACCACGUGUUUCCCACCAACACCACCCAAGAGCAGGUGUACAACACCUGCGCCAAGCAGAUCGUCAAAGAUGUGCUGGGAGGAUACAACGGCACCAUCUUUGCCUAUGGACAGACCUCUUCUGGAAAGACCCACACCAUGGAGGGCAAGCUCCACGACCCGCAGCAGAUGGGCAUCAUUCCCCGCAUCGCAGAGGACAUCUUCAACCACAUCUUCUCCAUGGAUGAGAACCUGGAGUUCCACAUCAAGGUGUCCUACUUUGAGAUCUACAUGGAGAAAAUCCGGGAUCUUCUGGACGUCACAAAGACCAACCUGUCCGUGCACGAGGAUAAGAACCGCGUCCCUUACGUGAAGGGCUGCACCGAGCGCUUCGUGUCCAGUCCUGAAGAGGUCAUGGAUGUCAUCGACGAGGGGAAGUCCAACCGGCACGUCGCUGUCACCAAUAUGAAUGAGCACAGCUCUCGCAGUCACAGCAUCUUCCUGAUCAACAUCAAGCAGGAGCACGUGGAGACGGAGCAGAAACUCUGUGGAAAACUCUACCUGGUGGAUCUGGCCGGCAGUGAGAAGGUCAGUAAAACUGGUGCGGCUGGAGCCGUUCUGGAUGAAGCUAAAAACAUCAAUAAGUCUCUGUCUUCUCUGGGCAACGUCAUCUCUGCUCUCGCUGAAGGAACUAAGACUCACGUGCCGUACCGCGACAGUAAGAUGACCAGGAUCCUGCAGGACUCUCUGGGAGGAAACUGCCGGACCACCAUGUUCAUCUGCUGCUCUCCCUCGAGCUACAACGACGCCGAGACCAAAUCCACCCUCAUGUUUGGACAGCGUGCUAAGACCAUCAAGAACGCAGCCUCCAUUAACCUGGAGCUGACAGCUGAGCAGUGGAAGAGGAAGUACGAGAAAGAGAAGGAGAAGAACAAGGGCAUGAGGGACACCAUCCAGAGGCUGGAGCUGGAGCUGCGGCGCUGGCGCAACGGAGAGAAGGUUCCAGAGACGGAGCAGGCAGAUGCUGAUGCGGCGAAGCUGGAGGGCAGUGACGAAGCAUCUCUAGAUAAUGAGAGAUCAUCUGAGCGCCAGCGGGAGAGAGAGAGAGACUCUGACUCCUCCUCUAUUGUGGUGCGGAUCUCAGAGGAAGAGCGGCAGAAAUAUGAGGAAGAGAUCCGCAAACUCUACCGACAGCUGGACGAUAAGGAUGAUGAAAUCAAUCUUCAGUGUCAGCUGGUGGAGAAGAUGAAGGAGCAGAUACUGGAUCAGGAUGAGUUGCUGGCGUCCUCGCGUGGAGACAGUGAUAAGGUGCAGACGGAGCUGGGCCGCCUGCAGACGGAGAGCGAUUGCGCCAAAGCUGAAGUGCGGGAGGUUCUGCAGGCGCUGGAGGAGCUGGCGGUCAACUACGACCAGAAGAGUCAGGAGGUGGAGGAGAAGAACCUGCACAACAAACAGCUGGCCGAGCAGCUCAGCCUCAAGAUGGCCAAUCUGAUGGAGCUGGAGGCGGAGCUUACUCAGAUGCAUGAAGUGAGCUCGCAGCAGAGGAAGCGCAUCGCUGACGUGUUGAACGGGCUGAUGAAGGACCUCAGCGAGUUCAGCGCCAUCGUCGGCAAUGGAGAAAUCAAGCUCCCGGUGGAGAUCAGCGGUGCGAUCGAGGAGGAGUUCACCGUGGCACGGCUGUACAUCAGUAAGAUCAAGUCGGAGGUGAAGUCGAUGGUGAAGCGCUGCAGACAGCUGGAGAACAUGCAGCUGGAGUGCCAUCGCAAGAUGGAGGAAACCAGCCGAGAGCUGUCCUCCUGCCAGCUGCUCAUCUCUCAGCACGAGGCAAAGAUUCGCUCUCUCACAGAAUACAUGCAGAACGUGGAGCAUAAAAAGCGACAGCUGGAGGAUAAUUAUGAUGCUCUCAGUGAAGAAUUCUUCAUGCUGCAGAACUCAGAGAGUCACGUGGCAGAAGCGGAUGGAGGAGAGAAGGCAGACAGAGAGGCUGAUGGGAAAAAGGCCACUGGUCGUCCAGCUCUGCACGCGGAGUCUCGUCAGACGCAGCUCAGCCGCCUGCGGGAUGAAAUCAACGAGAAGCAGCGCCUCAUCGACGAGCUUACCGAUAAGAAUCAGUCUCUGGAGCUGGAGCUGGCUCACGUGCGCUCCAGUCUCAGUAACCUGAAACAGCAGGACGACACCAAGAGCGCCUGUCUUGAGCAGCUGUCGUUUCAGAAGGAGAGAAAUGAGCAGUCCAAACAGGAUCUCAAGCGCCUGGAGGACACUGUUGCCCGUGAACUCCAGACCCUCCACAACCUGCGCAAGCUGUUCGUUCAAGACCUCACGACUCGGGUUAAAAAAAGUACAGAAAUUGGACCUGAUGAUAGUGGGGGGUCUAACACCCAGAAACAGAAGAUUUCCUUUCUUGAGAACAACCUGGAUCAGCUUACAAAGGUUCAUAAACAGCUGGUACGUGAUAAUGCAGAUCUGCGCUGUGAGCUUCCGAAGCUGGAGAAGCGUCUUCGUUCUACGGCUGAGCGGGUUCGGGCGCUGGAGACAGCACUGAAGGACGCUAAACAGGGCGCCAUGAACGACCGCCGGCGCUACCAGCAGGAGGUGGAGCGCAUCCGUGACGCCAUGCGCCUGCGCUAUCCUACACGCCGAUCCAACGCCGCUCAGAUCGCUAAACCAGUGAGACCCGGACACCAUGUUGCAGCCAUGUCUCCCAGCAGCUUCUCCUACACCUCCACGCGCGCGAGUAAACCUGCCACGUCCUACAGCAACGCUCUCUUCCAGCAAGAGGAACAAGCUGCGCUUCAGAAAACCAACACUGUCGGUUACAGCACUGUGAGACCCACAGACGUACUGAGCUCCUGUCCGCUUGACGUGGAGAACGGAAACAGUACAGAUAUUAAUGAUAACAGGAGCGAUGUUCACUGUGGCAGCAUGGUGGAUGAUGCUUCACGAAUCUACAUCAUGCAACAGGAGACUGCAGCCAGUUAAUCGUUUAAUAUAUUCCAGUUGUGUGCAUGCAGCCGUCCAGCCCUCGCCAUCUUCGUAGAGCUCCAGAACUUUCAUUCCUUGACUUCUUGGCUUUGUAGUGUCUUAUACUGUAUGGAAUAUAUCAUUCAUGCACAGUCAUAUCAUGUAUCCCGUCUCAUGUAUCUCACUGUUGCAUGUUUGUGUGUUUAAUAAGAAAAACAGCUCAUAGGUUAUAAAUGAACCCUCACGUACAGUAGAUUAUUUGAAUACACACAUCUGUAUUACUUGCAUUAUAA